AAUAAUACUAAUCAUUCAUAAUCUGUGCCAUUCCUACAUCUGUUUUAAUAAACAUGGCGUCGGCAACUACUAACCAAGGAAAUGAGUGGCGAUUUGUGGCGCCGAUCAAUAUCAACACGACCACUGAAAAUACUGUAUCAUGUGUAAAAUUUGACCCACAUGAAGAUUUAUUUUGGAUAGGAUCUUCUACGGGAAAAGUGACAUCUCUGCUACCCACCAACCACUUCACACGUUAUUCCGCGUUCGUCGUAUCGAACAUUAGCGGGGUUCACAGUCUAGAGCCUACUGAAAGUUUGAUUUUCACAUUGAGUGAUACAAUGCUGCGCGCAACGACGCGGCAAGGAAUUCCAGUGGCGAAGUUUACAUCACCAUCAAUGACAAAAAUGGCAGCUUCUUGUCACAUGCCCGGAACGUCAACGUUUAUAAUGGGAGGAUUUCAAGAGAAGCUGAUUCACUAUGAUUUUGUGAAAGAGAAAGAAAUUCGAACCACUGAACUGAAGGCAUCGGAAAAUGCCAUUAUUAUCAGAUAUAAUGGCACAAACACGUUCACCGCUGACACGAGAGGAAACGUUUUUGUGAAAAACUCGAAAAAUUGCGAAACGAUCCACACACUAGACUGUCAUCAGGACCAAGUUCUAGAUUUUGAUGUACAAGGCAACAAGUUGAUCACAUGCGGAGUUUCAAUGAAUCGUCUAAAGAACAUGGAUCAGUUCAUAAAAGUUUACGAUCUCCGAAUGUACAAGGCGUUGAGUCCGAUUGGAAUGCCCUAUCUACCACAGUUCGCAAGAUUUAUGCCGUCUUACUGUGAACGCGUCUGUGUUACAUAUCAAACGAUGUACAAUCAGCCUGGCCAGACUGCAACUUGGUCGAAUCAUCCUGCCGGUGUCAAAAUGUUUGAUUUGAAUUCAAAUGGAAAUAGUGCCGAAUUCCCUAUCGAGACGUCUUUAAUAUCGGCAUUCGAUUUUUCAUCGAAUAAAAAUUUCAUUGCCGUCGGAAAUCACUGUGGAAUAGUCAACGUUUUCGCCGAUCGAGAUCAGCCACAAGUUAAUGAAAACUCAAAGGAGACGGUUUUCGCCGCACCACCGGUCCAGCCACCUCUCUCAUUCGCUAUCGACGACACUACACAAACGUUUGGUUCGAUUCCUCUAGGAUUUUCACAAGAACCACUUGUUAGUGAUUGGCCGACAGAAUUGACGCAAAUUGUGUAUAGGCGACGAAAGCCUCCUACUGAACAGACGAAUGUAAAAUCGAUUCAUUAUUUGUCACAAAUAAAAAAUCCCCGAAUUAAUUCGAAGCUGAAGCGCCACAAUAUUGUUCCUUACUUUUUCGAGCAGGAGGAACUGAUUGAAGCAUCCAACGAUCAUGGAUCUAAGGAAGAAGCUCCACAGGAAAUGAAGAGAAUUAAAGUUUCAAAACUGUACAAGAAGCGCCCUCUAAUUGUCAAUCAAGUACCGGCUAGACGUGGAAACUCUCAAGACGAGACGCAAGAGACAUACACGUGGAACAUCAUUCGACAUGUAACAAUGCAGUCAACACAUGGAAUGAAUCUAGUGGCUAACACUCUUGUCCAAGUUGCAUACUCGUUGUCACCAAUUCGUAGCAUCGUUUUACGUCAUAUCUGCACAGAAGACUCAUGUAUCACCUGCGAGCUUCACUUUCUCUUCACUGCAUUUUCAUCAAAAAUUGGGGACAACAGUGGAAUGCUGACAAACAAUUUGGCUUGGGCUCUUGCACGAAAUGGAGUUAGCUUGAAGGCUGGAGGAGUAUUGAGUGCUACACAGCAAAUCAUCAAGACAGUGAUCGAUGAUGUCGCUCGAACAGAUGCUUCGGGUUCAAUUUGCUCAAAGUUCGAUCGUCAUCUCCGAUGUAUUCGUUGUCGGGGACUCCAGCAGCAAGAAUCUGUCACGGAUCAUCUUCUCAAACUAAACUAUGCUCCAGUUUAUCAAGCAUCGCUUUGCCAACUUAUUGAAAAGUCAUUGCAUAUCGGAGAUGAUUCUGGAGAAAUUGAGUGUGAAGACUGCAAGCAGAUGAGCCGAAUGGAGUGUAAGAGAAAAGUUCGGGAGCUCUCCCCCGUUCUUCUAAUUGACACAAACGCUUCAUCGAAUGGAUUUGUUGAGUUUUGGCGUCGGCAAUUAUCUCUCUUUGAACGAAAACCAGGAGGCAAUCGAAGUUCUGCAUUAGGAACGGUGCCAGAGUCACCUUCUGAGAAGAAAAAUUGCAGAUUUGGAACGGAUUGUCGCAACAAGAAAACAUGCAAGUUUGUUCAUGGACUCGUCGAUUGGCCUGCAGAACAGACAAAACUUCUUGAAGACGUGGAUUUACCAGAGUGGGCACACUACAUUCCAUCCAGAAUCGCUGCUCAACUUUGCGAGGGGAUUGUUCGUUUGUCUGAUGUUUCGGAUCUCCCAGACUAUGAUGAGCCGUCUGCUGUGAUUUAUGAGCUUGAUGCGAUGAUUCAUGCUGUUGGUAAUGGAGAAAACGAUGUAAAUUGGACUCAUCCAGUUACAUUGUUGAGAGAAAGUCCCGUUAUUUCAUCGUCCUGGACUUUAAUCAAUGAGCAGCUAGUGAGCCGAUUGCAUGAUCAUGAAGCAAGGCACAUAGACGGAAGAUGGAAACUUCCCGCGCUUUUGGCUUAUAAAAAGAAGAACUUCGAUGUGAAAACGAGUGAGGAUAUUAUUUCCAAUGAUUUGUUCCUCGCGGAAGAAAAUUUGGCGAGCAACGGGAUGACGUCAUUGGCCGUUCAAUCAUUGGAAGAGCUGCCGAAAGAGAAGGAAUUAGUCGGUUUGGAUGCAGAGUUUAUAAAGAUUAAGACCGAUCUACUUGAAUUCGACGGAAAAACCGUGCAGAUGAGAGCAGUUGGUCGAGCCUCCUGUGUCGACUCGACAGGCGAAAGGAUCAUAUUCGACGAUCACGUGAAGCUCACUGAUGACGUAGAAGUUGUCGACUAUCUCACGAAGUUUAGUGGAAUCGUGAAAGCUGAUCUGUGUCCAACGACUUCCGAGAAAUACUUGACAACCCACAAGCGGCUUCUUCUACGAAUGCAUGUUUUGAUUCAACGAGGAGUCACAUUUGUAGGACACGCUCUGCAUAAUGAUUUCACAGUGCUCAAUGUGCAUGUGGCAGAAUCACAGAUAAUCGACACAGUGACUCUGAUGCGUCUUGGCACCCAGAGAAUGUUAUCAUUGCAGUUUCUGGUUAAGGAGAUUCUUGGCGAAACUAUACAAAUGGAAGCUCACGACUCGGUGGUUGAUGCGAGAUAUGCACUGAAGCUGUACCGAAAAUAUCUGGAAAUCAAAGAGCAAGGACUUCUGGGUUCAGAAAUGCGUCGAAUCUACACUAUUCUCCCGUGUCCAUCGCCAAACCAAACAUCGUCACCUCUGGUUGUAUCUACUACACGAAAAACUCCAGAAGAUACGAAUCCAGCAGAUGCUGCACCGAAGUCGGUUUAAAUUGAAGGCCUUCCAGAUAAGCUUACUGUAAAAGUUCGUAGAAAACCAGAAAAUUAUCACUUUCAGCAUAAUAAUUAUUAUAUAUUUACUUACGUACCAGAUUAUCUCAAGUUCACUUAAGCUAUCACUUUGUAUAUCAAUUCCCCAUUUUGCGAGUCAAUUCAUGUAUUUUAAAUACUCGUGUAAUCUCAAUAUUCGUCCCAAUAUUAUUUCUUGAAACAUUCCCCUGUUUUUCUCAAAAUAUCAUGUACCAUUUAUUUUUGUUUCUGUAAAUAAUACAAUUUUGCAAUUUA